CUUGACUUUACAGGUUCCACCAAACCCGAGUUGCCCGAAGAUGGCGUCCUGCGUUACUUCACCAUGGCCUUCUGUCCCUUCAGCCACCGGGUUCAUCUCCUGCUGGCAGCCAAGGAAAUUCCGCAUCACAAGAUCUACGUGGAUUUGAUUGAGAAGCCGGAGUGGUACAAGGAGUACAGUCCACUGGGCAAAGUGCCCGCCGUGCAGCUGACGGGAGUGGAGGAUCAGCCCACCCUCGUGGAAUCCCUCAUCAUAGCCGAGUACCUGGAUCAGCAAUAUCCCAGCCACGACUCUUUGGACAAGAUUCUCAUCGAACGCUUUGCCCCGGUGGUCAGUGCCAUUUACCCCGUGCUGACCUGUAAUCCCAAUGCACCGGCAGAUGCUAUCGAAAGGUUUGAGAACGCCUUGGAGGUUUUUGAGGUGGAGUUGGCCCAAAGGGGAAGCCCCUACUUUGCUGGCCAGACCAUUGGCAUUGUGGACUACAUGAUAUGGCCCUGGUUCGAACGCUUUCCCAGCAUGAAAAUCACCACGGAGCAAAAGUAUGAACUGGAUGGGAAAAGAUUUGAGAAGCUGCUCAAAUGGCGUGAUUUAGUGGCUCAGGAUGCGGCUGUGCAAAAGACGGCGAUAGAUGUCCAGCUCCACGCCGAAUUCCAGAAGUCCAAGACCCUGGGAAAACCCCAGUACGAUAUAGCCUUCAAAGGCCAGCUCUAA